UUUUGCUCUGCCGCUCGUCUUCGGGCUUUGGGGCUUUGUCGUUCAGCUCUGGAGCUAGUUGUUGCUUCUGGGUCUGACGAUUAUUUACAACAAUGGCGACGCGUUUAUCCUGAGCUAGCUCCAGAAAACCACCCCUGGGUAACAUACGGACAACCGGGUGGACUUAACUCAAUCUCAACAAGCAACAACUGCAUCCGGAAGAUUUUUUUAUUUCAGCAAAAGAGGUGCAUCUGCUAACUGUGCUGUAGUUAGCUAACACAUCGACUCGCUAGCCUGCUGCUAAGUUGAAGAGGAGAAGAGCAUACUACCGAGUUGACUCCUCACAAAAUAUGGAAAUUGUGCUUCGUACUUAGGUUUUUCCUUCACUGCGAGCCGCGGAGACGCACUAGCAGCGUGAUCGUGGACUCACUUUUAGAGACUCCCACAGCCGUGUAGGUAGCGGACCAGGCUACUUUGCUAACAGGCUAAUCCAGUGGAUUGUUUGAUUUCUCUGUGGACUUGAGUCUGUACAAGUGUUCAAGGCGCAACAGUAGCUGGCUAGCACGCAACUCUAGCCUGCUGAAUUUCUGUGGCAUUGCGAUACACUUUCGUAAAUGACCACGGGUAGGAACAACCGAGCGAUGAUGGAAGGAGUUGGAGCCAGAGUGGUGCGUGGACCUGACUGGAAGUGGGGCAAACAGGACGGAGGAGAGGGGCAUGUGGGCACCGUGAGGAGCUUUGAGAGUCCCGAGGAGGUGGUCGUGGUUUGGGACAACGGAACAGCUGCUAACUACCGCUGCUCUGGAGCGUACGACGUGAGGAUACUGGACAGUGCUCCUACAGGUAUCAAGCAUGACGGAACUAUGUGUGACACCUGCCGUCAACAGCCCAUCAUUGGUAUUCGCUGGAAAUGUGCCGAAUGCACCAAUUACGACCUCUGCACUACAUGUUACCAUGGAGACAAGCAUCACCUUCGACAUCGCUUCUACAGGAUCACCACCCCGGGCAGUGAGAGAGUGCUUUUGGAGUCACGGCGAAAGUCCAAGAAAAUCACAGCCAGAGGGAUCUUCGCUGGAGGCCGUGUGGUGAGAGGAGUGGACUGGCAGUGGGAAGAUCAGGAUGGGGGCAACGGGAGGAGAGGAAAGGUGACUGAGAUCCAGGAUUGGAGUGCAGCCAGUCCCCACAGCGCAGCCUAUGUGCUCUGGGACAAUGGUGCCAAAAACCUGUACCGGGUUGGCUUCGAGGGAAUGUCCGAUCUUAAGUGUGUCCAGGAUGCUAAAGGAGGCUCUUUCUACAGAGAUCAUUGCCCUGUUUUAGGUGAACAAAAUGGCAACAGAAAUCCAGGUGGUCUUCAGAUUGGGGACCUUGUCAACAUAGACUUGGACCUAGAGAUUGUCCAGUCUCUUCAGCAUGGUCACGGAGGCUGGACUGACGGCAUGUUCGAGACCCUCACCACCACUGGUACUGUGUGCGGCAUCGACGAGGACCAUGACAUCGUGGUGCAGUAUCCCAGUGGUAACAGAUGGACAUUCAAUCCCGCAGUUCUGACAAAGGCCAACGUGGUGCGGAGUGGAGAGGUGGCAGCGGGGGCAGAGGGGGGCAGCUCACAGUUCAUGGUGGGAGACCUGGUCCAGAUCUGCUACGACAUUGACCGCAUCAAGCUUCUACAGAGAGGGCAUGGAGAGUGGGCUGAGGCCAUGCUACCUACCCUGGGCAAAGUUGGGCGCGUACAACAAAUCUACUCUGACAGUGAUUUAAAGGUCGAAGUUUGUGGAACCUCGUGGACGUACAAUCCUGCCGCUGUCACCAAGAUUGCUCCCUCCGGCUCUGCUGUCAGCAACGCCUCUGGAGAGCGCUUGUCCCAGCUGUUGAAAAAGCUGUUUGAGACACAGGAAUCUGGGGACAUCAACGAGGAGCUGGUAAAGGCAGCGGCUAACGGAGAUUUGGCCAAAGUGGAGGAUAUCCUGAAGAGACCUGACGUGGAUGUAAAUGGGCAGUGUGCUGGACACACGGCCAUGCAGGCAGCCAGUCAGAAUGGUCAUGUGGAUGUGUUGAAGCUUCUGCUCAAACACAAUGUGGACCUGGAGGCUGAGGACAAAGACGGGGACCGAGCAGUGCACCACGCAGCCUUUGGUGAUGAGGGCUCUGUCAUUGAGGUGCUGCAAAGGGGCGGAGCUGAUCUGAAUGCAAGAAAUAAGCGUAGACAAACUCCUUUACAUAUAGCCGUCAACAAGGGUCAUCUACAGGUGGUCAAAACACUGCUGGACUUUGGCUGCCAUCCAAGUCUACAGGACUCUGAAGGGGACACGCCUUUACAUGAUGCUAUCAGUAAAAAGAGAGAUGACAUGUUGUCUGUACUGCUCGAGGCCGGCGCAGACGUCACUAUCACAAACAACAAUGGUUUCAACGCUCUGCAUCAUGCCGCCCUAAGAGGAAACCCCAGUGCGAUGCGGGUGCUGCUGUCCAAACUGCCCAGGCCGUGGAUCGUGGAUGAGAAGAAGGACGAUGGAUACACGGCUCUGCACCUGGCUGCUCUCAACAACCACGUGGAGGUGGCGGAGCUGCUGGUGCACCAGGGAAAUGCCAGCCUGGACAUCCAGAACGUAAACCAACAGACAGCCUUACAUCUGGCAGUAGAGCGCCAACACACACAGAUUGUUCGGCUGCUUGUGCGAGCGGAGGCUAAACUUGACGUUCAGGACAAGGACGGAGACACGCCCCUCCAUGAAGCACUGCGUCACCACACACUGUCCCAACUGCGACAACUUCAAGACAUGCAGGACGUCAGCAAAGUGGAGCCCUGGGAACCAUCCAAGAACACUUUAAUCAUGGGCUUGGGGACCCAGGGGGCGGAGAAGAAGAGCGCGGCAUCCAUCGCCUGUUUCCUGGCAGCCAACGGAGCAGACCUGACCAUUCGUAACAAAAAGGGCCAGUCCCCUCUAGACCUCUGUCCAGAUCCAAGCCUCUGCAAAGCUCUGGCCAAAUGCCACAAGGAGAAGAGCAGCAGUCAGGUGGGCACACGCAGCCCCUCUCUAAACAGUAAUAUGGAGAGUCUGGAGGAGUGCAUGGUGUGUUCGGACAUGAAGAGAGACACUCUGUUUGGGCCGUGCGGACACAUUGCCACCUGCUCCCUCUGCUCCCCGCGGGUCAAGAAGUGUCUCAUCUGUAAAGAGCAGGUCCAGUCCAGAACCAAGAUCGAGGAGUGUGUGGUCUGCUCUGACAAAAAGGCAGCAGUGUUGUUCCAGCCCUGUGGUCACAUGUGCGCUUGUGAGAACUGUGCCAGCCUCAUGAAGAAGUGCGUACAGUGCCGGGCUGUGGUGGAACGCCGCACUCCCUUCGUAUUGUGCUGUGGAGGGAAAGGUAUGGAGGAUGAUGCCGCUCAUGAUGAUGAUGAUGAUGAUGAUGAUGAUGAUGAUGAUGAUGAUGAUGAUGACCUUACAGGGAGCUCUAACAGUAUGGCAGGGGGGUCCCAGGAUCUUCUCCAGCCCAACAAUCUGGCUCUAAGUUGGUCGAGUGGAAACAUCCCAGCCCUGCAGAGGGACAAAGACAACACUAACGUCAACGCAGAUGUUCAGAAGCUCCAACAGCAGCUGCAGGACAUCAAAGAACAGACCAUGUGCCCGGUGUGUUUGGACAGGCUCAAAAACAUGAUCUUUAUGUGUGGCCACGGCACCUGCCAGCUGUGUGGAGACCGCAUGAGCGAGUGUCCCAUCUGCCGCAAGGCCAUCGAGCGCCGCAUCCUUCUCUACUGAAUCCCGCCCACCACAGACUCCGCCCACCUGAGACCCCUGUCCACCUGUGACCCCAGAGACCCCUGUCCACGAGAACUGAGCACACCCAAAAACUUGUACACCAGCCAGACCUAACGCUUGACCAUUGUCUGCACCUCUAUCUCAAGAUCUCCAUGGUCUUAUUUUCACUGCUCUUAAAAAGUGACUGAUGGAUUCCUGUUACAAAUCUACAAAUGGACUUUUAUCAUGGAUUACCAGUUCAAUUUUGUGUUUUAACUGUGCUGGUCUAUAGACUUGAACAUGUCAGAAGUGUAACGCUGGAGAGGUCGACGUACCUUUUUCCUUAUGCAUUUGUUGCAGUGAAGCCAACUGCAGUUUAAAAUGGUAUUUUUAAAUCCAGCUGAAAAUGUAUUCUUGUCUGACUUGACAACAGUGUGGCCGUAUUACCAUUCUUGUUAAAUAAUUUACAUUGUCUGGCUUGGUAUUGAGACUGUAAACCUCAAGCAUGACAUUACAACCACCAAGUGUCAGACUGACUGAAAAAUAUACCAUAAAAUAACAGUUAUAUCACUAUUCUUUGGAGGUUUAAAACACUUUUUUGGGGGGCAUUUUUCAUUUAUAAAUAUAAUCAGUACUCAAAAUUUCCAAGACAACAAUAUUUAAAUGAUCAUUUCUAACUAUGAUCAUAUAAGAAAGGUCCAGCUCUGUCCUAUAAAUGUUUUCAGUAUCAGUACAUUUGAUUUAAGUUGUAGUAUUAAUUUACUAUGUUGUUGUUCUUUUUUUAAAAUAUGUAUUUAUAUUUUGACGACCUUAAUAUAACCUCGUCAUUGGGAUGAUCAAAAACAUGUAAGAUACAUCAAAAUAUAAGAGAUAAGAGAUAUAAGAGAAGCUAUUUUUUCUUCACCUGUCCCUCAGUGGUCGUAAUGUUAUGCUUGAUCUUAAAACCGCUUGGUCAGUAAAUAAAUCUGUUUUUGCUGACUUCCACUCGUGAUAACACACACUAGCCUACAGCCACUUGCACCACGCCUUGUACUUUGUUUACCGAGCCGUACCAGCCACCAUCGACCGCCAUGUUGCAACAGCUCCUUGGACUUCACUCCACCAAUGCUCAAUACAAAUCACCCAACCACUGUUGUAAAACCACAUUAUGCAAACACUACAUUGAGAAGUACCUCGUCUACUUUACUGUUUCAGACUUUGUGGUAUUGUCCUGCAAAAAGAGUGUACAAUUUGAUCGCUAAUUCACCACGAUGACUUCAGUGCCAUCCGCUUCCAAAAAAUGUUAAAAUAGCUUGUAUGGAGAUAACAUAUUUCAUCACGUAUUAUUAUUUAAUUCUUUAAAUCAAACUUUAUUGAGCUAGAGAGUACAAUCUAUUAGUAAACAAAGACAGAGGUAUAGUAUAAAUUAUUUCUUAUCGCUGCCCAAAAAUAGGAUUUAUAGAUUCACUGCCUUCCUAAAACUGUAUGUAGCCUCAAAUUUUACAUCCUGCUUUGAUAAAGUGUAUGUUUUGUUUGUAAUUUUAUGAUGAUUUGUUUUUGCUUUUCUAUUGUGUUGCAAUAGCUUCCUAGCAAUCAUCGGUAGAAACUUUUUACUAAAAAAAUACUGUAGGUCUUAUUUGUGAAAUGAAAAGAUUUUGUUAAGGUAUUAUGUUAUCUUCUGCUUGUUUUGGGAGGAAAGCUAAUGAUUUUUAAAGACUUGCCUUACCUCUUUUAAAAUGGGUGUCACCCAUGUGGAGACUAGAGUGAUAUUAUGACUGCUAACAUUUUUUUCUCUUAUGGACUGAAAGAAAGUGUUUUAUUGAUAACACAUAAGCUAGAAGCACUAAUUGGCUUUAAGUAGUGUUGUCCUGUUAUGGUUGUUAAAAAGAAAGCCUAUUUUGUACUUUAUUUUCGAAACUUGUAAUUUUGUCCUGUCGCAAAUGUAUUCAUAGUAUUUUCUUUGGCAUGAAUGUGGACAUAUGCAGUACAACAGUCAGAUCUGUAUGGCUCAAAAGUGCUUUUAAAACAAGCAUAUGGCAAAAAUAAAGCUAUAAAUGAA